AUGGCGCAAGAAUUGACACACCCUUCUAUCAAAGACGGCUGGUUUGCUGAGGUUUCAGACACCAUGUGGCCUGGAUCGGCCAUGUCCUUGAAAGUUCAAGAGGUUUUGUAUGCUGGUAAGUCCAAGUACCAGGAUGUUUUGGUUUUCAAGUCCACAAACUGGGGCAAUGUCUUGGUUUUGGACAACUGUAUUCAGGUUACAGAGAGAGAUGAAUACUCUUACCAGGAGAUGAUCACUCACUUGGCCAUGAACUCGCACCCAAACCCAAAGAAGGCUUUGGUUAUUGGAGGUGGAGACGGAGGUGUUUUGAGAGAAAUCUUGAAGCACUCCUCUAUCGAGGAAGCUUGGUUGUGUGACAUUGACGAGACUGUCAUUGAGGUUUCCAAGAAGUACUUGCCAAACAUGGCAAAAGCUUACAACGACCCAAGAACCAAGGUGCACAUUGGUGACGGUUUUAAGUUUUUGGAGGACUACAAGAACACUUUUGACGUGAUCAUUACCGACUCGUCUGACCCGGAAGGUCCAGCAGAGUCUCUCUUCCAAAAGCCUUACUUUGAGUUGUUGAAGGGUGCUUUGACUGAGAAGGGUGUUAUCACCACCCAGGCAGAAAGUAUCUGGUUGCACAUGGACAUCAUCUCCAAAUUGAAGAAGGACUGCCAACAGAUUUUCCCUGUGGCUGAAUACGCUUACACCUCGAUUCCAACUUACCCCUCCGGUACUAUUGGAUUCAUGGUUUGUAGCAAGGACGAGUCCGCUAAUGUCAAGAAGCCAUUGAGAUUCGAGUGGGACGACAAAUUUGUCGACGAGAACUUGAAAUACUACAAUGCCCAAGUGCACGAGGCUUCCUUCGUGUUGCCACAAUGGGCUGACAAAAUUUUGAACAAAGACCAAUGA